AUGGUGAAUAAUGGUGCUUAUGACAUAGUUGUGCAUUACAAGGGAAGGAAACUGAAGAUUCCGAAUGUUGAUCCUAAUGGCUACUUGUACAUUAACUUGCUAUAUGAUGUCGCUGAAAAAGCAUUGAGUGAAAUGCCUGGAAAUGCGAAUAUGAUGAUACAUAUGAGGCAUGAAAUUCCUGGAACAUGUGAAAUGCGUGAUGCUAAUGAUGACAAUGCAGUAGUUGAGAUGUUUAAAAUGCAUCAAUCUGGAAUUGUAAUCAAUUUGCAUGUGUAUGAUAUGGAAAUUAUUCCAAGUAAGCCGGAUGGACCUUUAAACCAUAACAAUGUUCAGAACACCCAAGAGAAUUUAGGCAUUGAACAAACUUAUGAAAGGGUGGUUGUUGACCUUGAAAAUUCUGAUGAUGAAUUUGAGGACUCUAGCUCUGGCGAGUCAUGGGAACAUAUGCUUGAUAGUGAUAAUGAAGGUGAUAUAGAUGAUGAUAGAGUUUCAGUGGAGAGUAGUGACUUCAGUGACACUAAUUUUUCUGAUUUUAAAGAAAAUGAGGAUUGUGAUGUGGUUCCUGAUUCCGGAUCUGAUCAGGAACUUGAUCCUAUGAGAGAAGUGAUGAGAUCAAAAAUGUGGGUGUACAACCCAAGAGAGGACAUUGAGUUUGAGAAGGGCCAAUUAUUCACCAAUGUGGACUCCUUUAGAGCAGUUUUGAAGGAUUAUGUCAUUCCCAUUCAAAAGGGAUUUCCAAUAGUAAGACUGAAGAAUGAGAAAACUAGAGUGACAGCUAUUUGUGGUAUAGAUGGCUGCAAAUGGAGAAUUCAUGCGAGUCCGGUGGCCGAUUCUGUCACCUUUAUGAUUAAAUCUUACCAACCUGAACAUACUUGUGUGAUGGAUAAAAGUAAUGUAGAAGCCACAUCAGAUUGGAUUGCAAAGAAGUUGGUGCCUUUGAUGAGAGCUCAUCCUAACAUAUCUAGCCAGGGCAUAGAAGCAGAGAUGAUAACAAAGUAUGGUCUUAAACCGAGUUACAUGCAGCUUUUUAGAGCAAAAAAGAAAGCAGAAGAGGAGAUUCAAGGAAAUUUCAUUGAUUCUUAUAGCAAAUUACCAAAGUAUGCUGUACUUCUAAGACAAUAUAAUCCACAAAGCAUUUGCAAAAUACAUUAUGAUAGGCCAAAUCUUCUUGUAGAGCCCAGAUUUUUAAGAAUAUUUGUUAGUUUUAGAGCACAGAAAACUGGUUUUCUUGAAGGUUGCAGGCCAUUCAUUGGCUUUGAUGGCUGUCACUUGAAGGGUCCCUUUGGUGGUGUUUUGCUCACAGCAGUGGCCUUAGAUGGCAAUGAUAGUAUAUUUUCAAUUGCAUUUGCUGUAGCCGAAUGUGAAAACAAGGUAACAUGGAGCUGGUUCUUUCACUUUUUUGAGGAGUUUUUUGGACCAUUCAACAGCCACUUACUUUUAACCUUUAUGAGUGAUAGGCAAAAGGGGCUCAACCUUGCUUAUGAGGAGAUAUUUCCAAAUGCUAGUGGCAGAUAUUGUUGCAGGCACAUUUGCAGCAACUUCAAGCAGUAA